AUGACUGAUACCGGUAAUGGUACCGGAAAUAAUGGUAUUGGUACAAAUUCAACAACAACGACAGCAACAACAACAACAACACCAUCGACAACGACAACAACAACAACAACAACAACAGCAGCAGCAACACAACAACGACAACAACAACAACGACAACAACAACAACAACAACAACAACAACAACAACAACAACAACAACAACAACAACAACAACAACAACAAUAA